AUGGAGGGGGAGAGAAUGAAAGAGGGGAGGGAGAUGUCUGCUUAUGAUUAUGAGAUGAACUUUGAGAUUUCCUGGCUCCCGGCUCGUCCCGACUCGCCCGCGGGUUUUGCAGCCCGACUCUACCUUUACCGGCUAGUUUCUGCAGCCCGGCUCUCCCGGUUAGUCCCGGCUUCCGCUUCAGCUGCAGUCCCGGCUAAUCCCACCAGACCCGGCUCGUCCGCGGCUUUUACAGCCCGCCAGCCCGCCUGCGGUUCCCGCCAGCCCGCCUGCGGUUCCCGCCAGCCCGCCUGCGGUUCCCGCCAGCCCGCCUGCGGUUCCCGCCAGCCCGCCUGCGGUUCCCGCCAGCCCGCCUGCGGUUCCCGCCAGCCCGCCUGCGGUUCCCGCCAGCCCGCCUGCGGUUCCCGGCCAGCCCGCCUGCGGUUCCCGCCAGCCCGCCUGCGGUUCCCGCCAGCCCGCCUGCGGUUCCCGCCAGCCCGCCUGCGGUUCCCGCCAGCCCGCCUGCGGUUCCCGCCAGCCCGCCUGCGGUUCCCGCCAGCCCGCCUGCGGUUCCCGCCAGCCCGCCUGCGGUUCCCGCCAGCCCGCCUGCGGUUCCCGCCAGCCCGCCUGCGGUUCCCGCCAGCCCGCCUGCGGUUCCCGCCAGCCCGCCUGCGGUUCCCGCCAGCCCGCCUGCGGUUCCCGCCAGCCCGGCCUGCGGUUCCCGCCAGCCCGCCUGCGGUUCCCGCCAGCCCGCCUGCGGUUCCCGCCAGCCCGCCUGCGGUUCCCGCCAGCCCGCCUGCGGUUCCCGCCAGCCCGCCUGCGGUUCCCGCCAGCCCGCCUGCGGUUCCCGCCAGCCCGCCUGCGGUUCCCGCCAGCCCGCCUGCGGUUCCCGCCAGCCCGCCUGCGGUUCCCGCCAGCCCGCCUGCGGUUCCCGCCAGCCCGCCUGCGGUUCCCGCCAGCCCGCCUGCGGUUCCCGCCAGCCCGCCUGCGGUUCCCGCCAGCCCGCCUGCGGUUCCCGCCAGCCCGCCUGCGGUUCCCGCCAGCCCGCCUGCGGUUCCCCGCCAGCCCGCCUGCGGUUCCCGCCAGCCCCGCCUGCGGUUCCCGCCAGCCCGCCUGCGGUUCCGCCAGCCCGCCUGCGGUUCCCGCAGCCCGCCUCUGCGGUUCCGCCAGCCCGCCUGCGGUUCCCGCCAGCCCGCCUGCGGUUCCCGCCAGCCCGCCUGCGUUUCCCGCCAGCCCGCCUGCGGUUCCCGCCAGCCCGCCUGCGGUUCCCGCCAGCCCGCCUGCGGUCCCGCCAGCCCGCCUGCGGUUCCCGCCAGCCCGCCUGCGGUUCCCCGCCAGCCCGCCUGCGGUUCCCGCCAGCCCGCCUGCGGUUCCCGCCAGCCCCGCCUGCGGUUCCCGCCAGCCCGCCUGCGGUUCCCGCCAGCCCGCCCUGCGGUUCCCGCCAGCCCCGCCUGCGGUUCCCGCCAGCCCGCCUGCGGUUCCCGCCAGCCCGCCUGCGGUUCCCGCCAGCCCGCCUGCGGUUCCCGCCAGCCCGCCUGCGGUUCCCGCCAGCCCGCCUGCGGUUCCCGCCAGCCCGCCUGCGGUUCCCGCCAGCCCGCCUGCGGUUCCCGCCAGCCCGCCUGCGGUUCCCGCCAGCCCGCCUGCGGUUUCCCGCCAGCCCGCCUGCGGUUCCCGCCAGCCCGCCUGCGGUUCCCGCCAGCCCGCCUGCGGUUCCCGCCAGCCCGCCUGCGGUUCCCGCCAGCCCGCCUGCGGUUCCCGCCAGCCCGCCUGCGGUUCCCGCCAGCCCGCCUGCGGUUCCCGCCAGCCCGCCUGCGGUUCCCGCCAGCCCGCCUGCGGUUCCCGCCUGUAAUAGGCAAAUAA